CGCGGCCGCUGACGACACACCACUGGCCGUCGGGCCACCGCUAUCUGAAGCGGCAACUCGAGACGACCGCCGGAAGGGUCGGCGCUGGUGGGAGGCUUUAUAGUCGCUCGAGGAAAACGCCACACGCGACGCUCCAACCGACGAGGCAACAAAGGUUCAUGAAAGAGAGAAUGGCUGGUAUUGCCCACCUCCUGCUUUUCGCUGUCCUUUUCGGUGCUUCCUGGGCGGGUGGCGCAAAAGAUUCCAAUGCAUUCAUGGACCUAAUCCUUCUCCAGAAAAUGCCAAACCUUGUGCGAUCAAACUCGAGACUGUUUCCGAAUGUAACCAUCCCGGAAUUUAAGUUCAAGGUUGAGAAUACGCGGGGUCUCAAUCGUGACCUCAAAGGUCAAGAUGAAGGAAGGAGCGGUGAGAGGUUUCGAUACCGGCAUUCGCCGUACCACUGACUGCAACCCACCUGCACCGGUAGCAUUCAACGUUAGUGUCUCCUGUAUUCUCGACUUCAACGGCCUCUACACCACCUUCGUCGCAAAGACUGAGGGCGACAACCUCCUGGGCACCGAAAAACGCGUUCCGGUCAACGUGACCGUCGUCGAUACCACGGGACGCUUCGAAGCCACGUCAGCUACCGGACGGGCAGGCGUCGUGCGAACUUUCCACAUCGACAAGAUCAGGCUGCGCACUACUUACGGCGACAACCUGCACCUCAACGACGCACGCAAAACGGAAUUCCUUCGCCAGAUCGAAGAGAAAGUGACGGCUGUGCUGUACGAUGCUCUUUACAACGAGUACAUGCACCUUCUCAACCGUGCACUAGAUGGGCUGCGAUUUCCCAAUCCCUGAGUCGGCGAUGUCUGUGAUUGCCACAGUACAUGAUAUUAGUCAAUGUGCGGCCAUAAUAGCGACAAAGUCCGCAGCCAGCGCGACAAGGUAUCGAAAUGGCACCACCAUGGCACAAGUGCUGCAAAGAUGAAUGCACUCAAACAGAAGAGCCGAGAAGAGCAUUUCUUUUUUUUUCUUUAAAUUAUUAUUCAUAUUAAGAAAAACGAUUUUGCGUGCCAAACCUAUUGUUUAUGCUAUAAGAUCACUUCACAAUCAUGCUUUUUAUAAGUUGCAAUAAUUGAAUCAAUAAAGCUUUUAACACACGUCCAUAC